AGGAACAGGGUCACGCAUACUGUGUGCUGAGUGUGCUGAGCUCAAAUCUGUGCAGGAGCUGAAGGGUGCAACAAGAAAAGUCGCAAUUAAGGAUUUAAGAGCAUUAUGCAUCAUAAAAAUGCAGCUUGCGGAUGCAAACAUUUUCAGGUCUGGUGUCGGUUUUGAUAGUGUUUGUGUGGCUGGGUGGAAACCAGGUCUCUCCCCUCCGACCCAUCUGUGACCUGAGGGUUCUGGAACACUUUGUACGAGAAGCUCGAGAUUCUGAAGUCAUCAUGCGAGGUUGCAGAGGAGGCUGUGGAGCGAUGAAAUCCUACUUUGUACCGCUGACUAGUGUUGACUUUGCUUUUUGGGAACAUAUAGACGUUCAUGAGCAGGCCGUGGAGGUCCAGACUGGACUGUCUCUGCUGGUUCAGGCCCUGAGUACAGCAAUGAAAGCAGUGAGCAACUCUCGUCUGGCCAAUGCACUGGAUAACAACAUCAGUAACAUCCACAGCCUCAGCCAGAUCCUGCACAGUCUUGAUUUACAGCAGGCCAGAUCCACAGUUCUUUCAGAUGAUUCAGCUCCUGCCAGCACACAGUCGCAGGAGGUCUCCUCUCUCCCAGAACUUCUGCAGGUGCAGAGCAGUUUCCUGCGUGGGAAAGUCAGACUCCUGCUUUCAGCUGCACCAGCCUGCCAACGGCAAAACAGCUGAUGCGAACUCAGGAACUGUUUACAGCAGUCAGUGAUACACACAAACUCAGACACGAACACUUGAUUGUGACUUGUUACUCAAUCUUAAAGAGCUUAUGAGUUCCAGGUGUCACUCUUUAAAUGGUCUUCUGCAUUCGAAAGCCUGUAGUCAUGUUUCUAGAGAAUGCAUCACGUGUAGAGUGAAGUAAAACGGUCGUGACACCUUGACUUAUUCAACAAGGUGAACAUGGCAGAAGAACCUGCAGAGGAACAUUUCAGAGUCCACAAGUGGACUCAAAGGCUUAUAUCAGUGUGGCGAACAGCUUGGCAGGCUGUAUCCAGCCACCUGGACUACAGUACACCUGAGACACUUUUAUUUAAUUAUAUUUGUAUGUUCAAUUUUCUACAAAUUCAUGAAUUGUGCUGUUAUUUGUUCAUUUUUUAGUAGGCAGUGUCCCUUAUGUGUACGCAUACUACAGGACCUGUCCUUCCUGAGAUGUGUACAUUUAACAGCAAGACCAAAUGUCUUGUUUUGAGGAUUACCAUGUGGACACAAUGCUGUGUGGCUGCUGUGGUAUGAAGUAUGCUUCCAUCUAGAGGACAAAACAGGAAGAUUAAAUAAAACUGCAAGUAUACAUAAAUUAUGUAAGUGAAU